GCGCGCGUGCGUGCUGAGACGUGCGUAUGUGAGUGCGCGCGUGCGCGUCUGUCCGUGAGCCAAUAAAAGGACGCAAUAUCCGACGAACGUCAGAAGUUCGGACGCAGCCCAGACAGAUAUAUAUACACAGGCGCGCGGCGUGUAACACGAGUGCGCUUUCGCUCAGACCAGCUUGGCUGACUCAGCGAGAUAUCCUCUCCUCCUUCUGCUCCUCUGCUCCUUCGGCUCCUUCUCGCUGUGUGCACGAGAGUUUGCGUGUUUUUUUGUUUCCCUUGUUUUUUAUAUUUAUUUCAGAGAUCAAGAGAGAGAGAGCGGGGGAGAAUAAAAACCUCACUUAUUCCCCCCACUUCGACCACAGUCUCACAAACACAUCGACGCCGCCGCUGCUGCUGCUGCUGCCGAAGGGACCAAGAGUCUAGGAAGCCUUUGUAAGCAGCGCAAAGAUCGUGCCGCGCCUCUCUGUGUGAAGUCGUUUGAACAUCGCCGUGUGUCGCUGCGGCCGGGUGCACGUGUUGUUGCAAGGAUACCUGCAGGGAGACGACGAUGAUGAUAACAAUGCUCAUCGUCUAUGCGCUGAGCGCGAUCUCACAACGCGCCGCUGCCCAUUCCACAUUCCCGGACGGCGCCACGGACACCUUCACGCCGGACGUGAGCAACGGCCCCGGCAACCGCGUGCUGGUCUCGUUCCGCGCCUUCGGCAGGGAAUUCUCGCUCGAUCUGGCGCCAGGCGACGUCGACGAUCGCGAGCAGCAGACGAGUCGAGGUGCGGAGGUUCGCCUCUCCCAGCUGCGCUCGUGCGUGCGUCGCGGCGUCGUGGACUCGAGGCCGGACUCACUCGCCGUGCUCAGCCUCUGCGGCGGAGGCGGCCUGAGGGGUCUCUUCGCCGUGGGGGGAGAACACUUCGAGGUGACUCCAGUUGAGGGCGGACGAGCAAGCAACGGCAGCGUGCGUCCGCACUCCAUCACCAGGACACACGCGUCAUUCCAGCUCGCUCCUCACGGCAUUCCUCCUCCCGCUGCUGCUGCUGCUGCUGCUUCUGCGUCUGCUGCUGCUGCUACCGUUGCCGCUACCACCGUGAAGACCACAGCCAGAGCCGCGAGAUCCAAGCGCUUCGUGUCGAGGCCACGCUACGUGCAAGUGUUGGCCGUGGCCGACGACACGAUGGUGGCCGCGUACGGGGAUCGCCUCGAAGAGCACCUCCUCACGGUGCUCAGCGCCGCGGACGGACUGCUGAGGCGCGCCAGCCUCGGCAGCCCCGUGCGUCUCACCUUGGCCAGGGUCGUGGUGGCCUCGGGGGACAAGGCCGGCUCCGGCAACGGAGCCAGGACCCGGCUGGAGGUGUCCUCCAACGCGGCGUUGGCGCUGCGCGACUUCUGCAAGUGGCAGCUGCAACUGAACCGCCGCGGGCAGCACCACCCGGAGAGACACGACACAGCCGUUCUCUUCACGCGCAAGGAUCUGUGCGGCGCGCAAGGCUGCGAGACGCUGGGCAUGGCGGACGUGGGCACCGUGUGCGACCCGGAGCGAAGCUGCGCGGUCGUCGAGGACGACGGCCUUCAGUCGGCCUUCACAGUGACCCACGAACUGGGCCACGUGCUCGGCAUGCCCCACGAUGACGCGGCCGCGUGCACCGAGAAGUUCGGCCCGGCGCGUGCCAGGCACCUCAUGGCGUCCGUGCUCAGCGGCCUCGACUUCGGCUCGCUGUGGUCGCAGUGCAGCGCCGCGUCUCUCAUGGACUUCCUGGACGACGGGCAAGGCGACUGCCUCCUCAACAAACCCCGCGCGGGCCCUCGUCUGCCGGCGGUCGCGCCGGGCUCGGUGUACGGCGCGGACCGGGAGUGCCAGCUCGCGUUCGGGCCGCGCUCCCUCGCCUGCCCCGGCAUGGACGUGUGCCAGCGGCUGUGGUGCACGGAGGAGCGUGCCGGGCGCUUCGUGUGCCUCACCAAGAAUCUGCCCGCGGCCGAGGGCACGCCCUGCGGGCACGCCAGCCAGUGCCUGGAGGGCGCCUGCGUGCCCAGCGCCAAGGUCAAGGCCCUUAAGAAGGUGGACGGCCAGUGGGGCGAGUGGGGCGCAUGGAGCGAGUGUUCGCGCUCCUGCGGGGGCGGGGUGCAGCUCUCCUCCAGGGGGUGCGACGCGCCCGAGCCCCGGCACGGCGGCGCCUACUGCGUGGGGCUGCGCGUGCAGUACCGCUCCUGCAACACCCUCGCGUGCGGGGACGCGCACUCCGCGCUGCGCUAUCGCGAAGAGCAGUGCGCGGCUCACAACGCCCGGCACUUGGGCCUGCCGGGCCUGGGCGACGCUGGCGUGGAGUGGCUGCCCAAGUACGCGGGCGUGGCCGCCAAGGACCGCUGCAAGCUCAUGUGCCGGGCGCGCUCCUCCGCCUUCUACGCCGUGCUAGCGCACAGGGUGGCUGACGGCACGGAGUGUGGGCCGGGCGUGCAGGGGGUCUGCGUGCGCGGGCGCUGCGUGCCCACCGGCUGCGACCGCGUCAUCGGGUCUCGCCUACGCUUCGAUCGGUGCGGCCGCUGCGGAGGGGACGGCUCCACGUGCCGUCGAGUCUCCGGAUCCUUCUCCCCGAAACGGUUUGGCUACACAGACGUGGUGACGGUGCCGGCAGGCACCACGAGCCUCAAAGUGUGGCGCAAGGCGGAGCGCGACGCGCGCGCCUACCUGGCGCUGCGCGACGCCCGCGGCGAGCCGCUGCUCAACGGCGCCUUCACCGUGGCUCCGAGCCGCACGCUCGUGCAGGCCGGCGGCGGCGUCUCGCUGCUGUACAGCGGCUGGGCGGCGCGCGGCGAGAACCUGCGGCUGCUGGAGCCCGGCGCCGCCCUGCGCGAGCCGCUCACCGUACAGGUGCUGCUCACGAACCCCGGCGCGUCGGUGCGCGUCCGCUACGAGUACCACGUGCCCAAGGCGUCUGCGGCGUCGUCGGGAGGGCGGGCGCCGAGCAGCGACGACGAUGGGGAGGAGCAGAGCAACGAGAUCGACGCCGGGCCUCGGGCAACGUUUGGGGCGGUCGCCAAUGCCAACCGUGACGACGACGCCCUGGCCGCGGCGCGUGCGGCCAAGGCGAAGACCCUGAAGCAGCAGGGCGCCACGCUGGUACGGCACGCCAAGAGCCGCUCCGAGGCGGCGCCGGCAGUCGCGGCCGACGCCGGAAACUCGAACCGCGUGGCGGAGCCGAGAGACGGGGCGAGGCCCGCGGACGCCGAAGCUCGCGAUUCCCGGGCCAGCGGGGAUCGCGACGCCGAGAGGCCACGCCGCGCCGAAGCAGAAGGAGCCGGCGCCGAAUCGCCCGGCCGAUGGGUGGCCGGGCCGUGGCGCUCGUGCACGCGGCAGUGCGGCGGGUGGCAGAGGAGGGACGUGCGGUGCGUGGGGGCGGGCGGGGUGGGGGCGGCCCAGGGGCUCUGUUCUCCCGGGGGGCGCCCCUCGGCGUUCCGGGCCUGCUUGACACAGCGCGAUUGGGUGGACGCGAGGCUCGGGAUCCGCGCGGCGCACGUGCGUCGCGUCGCCCCGCCGCACCGGUUGGCCAACUUGUCCCACCUCCUCGUCGUCUUGCACCGCGGAGUCCGCGCGUUAGGGCCCCGUGCGCGCCCUCGUACCGCACCAGCGAUGCUGCUGCUGCUGGAAUCGCUCCUCCUCUGGUUCGCGUCCUGCGCCGCUCCCGCCGGCGCGGCCAAGUCGCUUACGGAGCGCGACGUGACGGUGCCUGUACGCGUCGAUGGCCACCAGGGACCCUUUCCUACUACAACAACAACAACAACGACAACACGAGGAGACUACAGCAACAACAACGACGAUGGUGGUGGCGUUCCAAUGUCGGAGUCGGCCUCUUACGCGCUGCGCGCUUUCGGCCAAAGUUUCCGCCUGGACAUCGUGCGCGACCACAGCUUCAUCUCGCCCGCGUUCACCGUGGCGCACGUGGGCGCGCCCCAGCGAGGCGGCGGGGCGGACGAGCUCGCGCGCGCCGUGCGGGAGUCGGGAGCGAACCUGAGCCACUGCUUCUUCGCGGGCCACGUCAACGGAGACGCGAGCGCGACGGUGGCGCUCAGCGCGUGCGGGGGACUGCGCGGCGCGUUCCGUCACGGGCGGCACCAGUAUUUCAUCCGGCCCGAGACACCGGGGGAGGAGGAGGAGGGGGGAGGGGGUGGUGUUGCUGCUGCUGGUGACGACGACGACGACGAUGAUGGAGGACUUGGUGGGUUGAACUCUUCGAGCGCUGUCUCGGCGCGACGUCGGCACGUCAUCACGCGCAGAGGAGUCUCGCAGAUGUUCGCCGACAUCGAGGACGACGACGGCGAGGACGACGACGUGCAACGAUGUGGCGUCAACAGCACCGCGUUCGUCGGCCCCUCGCGCGAAUUCCUGGAGCGCCUCGGUCGCUCGAGGAACGAGGCAACGGAAGGCGGAGCGGCAGCAGCAGGAGGAGGAGAUGGUGGCGUCUUUAGGAACCCUUGGACCGCGGCGCGCUCCAAGCGCUUCGUGUCUCUGCCGCGCUACGUCGAGACGCUGGUGGUGGCCGACGAGGCGAUGGCCUCGUACCACGGCGCGGACCUCAAGCACUACCUGCUCACGCUCAUGGCCAUCGCGGCGAGACUCUACAGGCACCCGAGUAUUCGCAACGCCGUGCACCUGGUGGUGGUGAAGCUGCUCGUCAUCAGCAACGAGGAGAAGGGCCCCAAGAUCUCGAGCCACGCGGCGCUCACGCUGAGAAAUUUCUGCGCCUGGCAAAAGAAAUUCAACAAGGGCAGCGACAAGCACCCAGAAUACUACGACACGGCUAUCCUCUUCACCAAACAGGACAUCUGCGGGGCGCAGACGUGCGACACCCUGGGCAUGGCCGACGUCGGCACCAUGUGCGACCCCAAGCGGAGCUGCUCCGUCAUCGAGGACGAUGGCCUCCCGUCAGCCUUCACCACGGCCCACGAGCUCGGGCACGUGUUCAACAUGCCGCACGACAACGUGAAGGCGUGCGAGCGCGUGGCCGGCAAGCAGGGCGAGCACCACAUGAUGUCGCCCACCAUCACGCACGUGGACCGCGCGCAGCCCUGGUCGGCCUGCAGCGCAGCCAUCAUCACCGACUUCCUCGACAACAAGCACGGCGACUGCCUCCUGGACGAGCCGACGAACGCGCUGACUCCUCCGGGCGAGCUCCCCGGUGUCUCUUACCCGGCGGAGCGCCAGUGCGAGCUGGCGUUCGGGCGCGGCUCGCGCCUCUGCCCGUACGCGGAGGCGUGCGCCAAGCUGUGGUGCACGGGCCGCGUGUCGGGACAGCUCGUGUGCCAGACGCGCCACUUCCCCUGGGCCGACGGCACGGCCUGCGCCUCGGGCCGCUGGUGCAUGCGGGGCCAGUGUACCGAGAAGGGCGAGGGCAAGCGUGGCAAGGCGCCCGUGGACGGGAGCUGGGGUCGCUGGGCUCCGUACGGAGAGUGCUCGCGCACGUGCGGCGGCGGCGUGCACCUAGCCCGGCGCGAGUGCGACUCCCCGAGCCCCGCACACGCGGGGGCCUACUGCACGGGCCCGCGUGUCAAGUACCGCUCGUGUGGCCUCGCGCUGUGCCCUAGCGGGCCCGACGCGAAGAGCUUCCGCGAGGAGCAGUGCGCCUCGUUCGACGGACAGCGCGUCCACUCCAACGGCCUGAGCCCCGGCGUGCGCUGGCUGCCCAAGUACUCGGGGAUCAGCGCCAAGGACCGCUGCAAGCUGGUGUGCCGCGCCAACGGCACCGGCUACUACUUCGUGCUGGCGCCCAAGGUGGUGGACGGCACGAGGUGCGGGCCCGACACGUCGGACGUCUGCGUGCAGGGCCGCUGCGUGCGCGCCGGCUGCGACGGGCGGCUGGGCUCGCGCGCUCGCCUCGACGUGUGCGGAGUGUGCGGUGGGGACGCCUCGGCCUGCCGCAGGGUCUCCGGCACCUUCACCAAGGCGCAGUACGGCUACAACUACAUAGUGGCGGUACCGGCGGGUGCCACCAACCUGGACGUGCGCCAGCGCGGCUACCAAAGCCUCAAGAACGACGACAACUACCUCGCCGUGCGCUCGGGCCGCGACGGGCGCUACCUCCUCAACGGCCACUACGUCAUCUCGACGUCGGAGCGCGAGGUGGCGCUGGGCCCCGGCGGCGGGCACGGGGGCCCCGCGGGGACGGGCGCCGGCAGCGUGCUCGGCUACAGCGGCACGGCCACGGCGUCGGAGCGGCUGCACGCGCCGGGCCCGCUCACCGAGCCGCUGGUGGUGGAGGUGCUGGCCGUGGGCCGCAUGACGCCGCCCAGGGUGCGCUACUCCUUCCACGUCCCGCGCGGCUCCGCCGCCGCCGCCGCCGCCGCCGCCGCCGCGCGCUCCAACGCGCUGUUGGGGGACGCGGGCAGCGAGGGCGGCAACUCCGUGGCGGACGACGGCAAGAGGGAGAAGGACAAGAGGAAGCGGGAGGAGGAGGAGCUGGCCAAGAGCAAGCGGGACGACGGCGCCAGGAGCAAAGCGGGAGGAGCGGCCGUCCCGUCCAAGCGAAAGCCCGGCGGCGUCGGCGCGACGUGGGCGACGGGCGAGUGGGGCGCCUGCUCCCGCACGUGCGGCGGCGGCGGCUCGCAGCGCCGGCACGUGCGCUGCCCUCACCCGACGGGCGCCUGCGCCGGCGCGAGGCCCGAGGCUGCGCGGGCGUGCGGGGAGACGAGCUGCCCCGCGUGGCACGCCGGCGCCUGGUCGCCCUGCUCCAAGACGUGCGGGCGCGGGUUCCGGCGGCGCUCGCUGCGGUGCGAGGCUCGCGGCGCCGGCGUGGCGCCCAACGUGCCGAUGCCGCGGGAGCGCUGCGACCGCGCCGGCAAGCCGCAGGAGCUCGACAUCUGCGUCGCGCGCGCCUGCUGAUCGCGGCCGCUGGCGGGAGAUGCGGGGCGGAGAGCGAGCCGACCGGAGCGCCGGCGGUGGGGGCCAUGUGGAGUUGCCAGGAGAGGACGCGAAGAAAAAACGUCGGAGGAUAAUGUCCGAGCGAUCGUAGGGGAAGUUGCUGACGGAGCGCGAGCGGCGUGCGCGGACGGUUGCCGCGCGACGGUGAUAUUCGCAUCGCUGCUGUGAUCAUCCGCUGAGGAUGAAUCGUCACAAGCGCCGCUGUCAUCGCCGCAGUGAGCGUCGAUCGUCGUCACGGAGGUGACGGCGUUCAGAGGCCACGCUGGGCUCGACACCGCCGCUGACAUCCUCGGCACGUUGAAGGGUGGCGCGAUCAUCUCUUGACUGUCCUCGCUGAUGGAACAAUGAAAACAAAAAUGCAUUUGAGUGGAACUUUCGGACACUUUGUCAGAAAAAAAAAAACACUACAGGAAAGAGGGGGGGACCUCUUCAGCUGACUGUUCACCAACGCACACGAAGAGGCUUGGACACUGAGGCUGCCAGGAUGACAGCACAAAACGUGGAGGUGCGGCUCUGCAAUUUCUAGCUCACGCUGCUGCAGGCGGAAGGAAGGGCCUCUGCUAGAAUGAGCUCUUAGAGGGCCCCUCUAGAGAUUAUCUUGGCCUACUCUUUCACACAGGCCAGACGUCUUGGAAGAGGUGGGAGUACCACCACACUUGACACACCGCUCACGGGCCAACGAUCCUUGCACCGCAUUUCUCACAAACCACGGCAGCAGAUGCAGAUACUUGAUGACGAUGAUGAUGAGGAUGCACAAAUGGAAAAUGUUAAACUCUCCGGCAGUGUGCGGAGACUGUGGUUACCACCCAGAACAGAGCCGUGGAGCAGAAUACGACUCGAUGUGCGACGGCUCAACGCGCCAAUUCACGAAUACGAAGAAGGCGUCGUCACGGCGACAAAAUCGGCGACUCCUGCCGCAAACAUCCGGCUGGGACACCUCGAUGCGAUUUCACAUCCAGGUGGUCGAGCGAAGACGAUCGCACCGCUCGCAACCUGCCGAUCGACUGACUGGUGAAUCCCUUUUUUUGACUUCUGGGUGCGGUGGCUGCGGGGUGUUUAGGAAACCCGCACCAUUGCUUCGCCUGUCGUGCUGGGAGAUGGAAUCGAAUCUGGACUUGCCUCUGCAUUGCAAGUCCAGUGUGCUGACAUUCACGCGACGGCGGCAGCAGCGUCUCUUUCACCGCGUGUAUUAUCACUUUGUUUCACCCGUAACGCGUUGUCAAACUGGCGAUUGUCACGAAGCUGUUUUGUCCGGUUUGAUUUUUGGCGUUUUUUUGUUUUGUUAUAAUUAACUUAUUUUUUUUAUUACCGUUUCAUUGCUGAAGAUUACAAAGCACAGGUAAUCUGGAGCGCUAGUCGCAGUGGGAGAGAGCAAGGCUUUCUCUGAAACACAAAAACAACAACAACUUACAGACACGACAUUUAGCGCAAGAUAGCAACGGCUAAAACUUGACCUUUUUGUUUUGUUUCUCUAUCCGAGUUGUGUUUACAACCUGCAAAUCUUGAGGGUUUUAAUUGGAUAGAUUUGUUUUGUAGUCGUUAUCAUCGCGAGGCAGCGAUUCAACAACAACAACAACAAAAACAACAAAAUCUCCAUUUCUUGAUUCCGUCUCGUGAUUUUGCCCUCUGACUUUCUCGGCUCCAGCCACGUGGUCCCGGGGUCCGGACCAGACUUUCCUUCGCUCGGCUCAAACCCAAAGGUGGCACUGAUUGACUUCACGUGGUCGAUAUAAAUACGCGAGUGGCUGGUUUUCUCUCCGCUUCAGUGUCACAUUCCGCGAGUUAAUUUUGCUUGGUUCACUGCUGGCGGCGAUUGUUGUGGUUUUGUUCGUGCUCAGCCAGGGACUUGGAUCAAGAUGCAGGACGUUUAGGCUGAUCUUGUCCCAUGAGUUAAACCAAUCAACCUCCAGACUGUCAUUCUUUGGGAGGGUUGGGAGGUGGGGGGGGCUAAAUAAUAAAAACAACUUCUGCUUGGAUUUUCUACUUUGAAGCAUCGACUCAAAUACACAUUUUAAACAAUAAUUUGCAGAACUUUGUUAAUCCGCUGAGGGAUGAAGGCCUCAGCGCGCCAUGUCAGUAAUGAGCAUACUUCACCACAACGGUUAGUGCGGGAUGGUCGAGGGAUGUUGGCCCAUGCACCAGUUUAAGAUGUCACUCACCACUGAUAUUAGCCUUGGUCGGGAAUGGAGCUCGCGACUGUGCCCACGCUCCUCGCCAACUCAACAAUACUUGGCAAGUUUCGGCUCUCCAGCUCUUCGAGAACACGGUCAACAUACAUACAGUGGCCAACUCAUACGGCCGGUGAGAGUUACGUCGCAGCCAUUUCAAACCCACGAAAACCCACUCGUGUCUGACCGUAUGAAUGCAUCCGUAGCGCAAAAAGGUUUUUUUUUUCAAAACUUACGUGGCGGUAAUGAUUUCUUACACUGGCCCACGGACGAAGGUGCUGAUUUGACGAUCUCGCGCACGUGCAACCACUGUGGUGGACUCGUCACACCCCCCGGGUUCGAUCUGCAAAUCUUUCCCACCUUCCUCCGCCUCUUGGAAUCCAACGGAAAGCAGUUGGGUCGAUUUACGGAUGACGCUGCCGCGCUCGCCGAUUCGCUCUCUCUCUCUCUCGCCACCAUCAGGGACGCACACGCCGGCGCGGCUCGGAUGCGCCAGUCGAAAAAAACGGGGGAUGCGAGGUUAGUAGCGGGUGACGAGGUGGGGAGGAGCAGAGCGGCCCAGCUGACGCGUGACGCCGUUCGUUGGCGGUGCCCACCCUCGGAUGGCCGCCCGUCACGGGCCGGAGGGAGCGUGCAGGGGAGUGGAGGUUUGCUGCACAUUUCUGAGGGUUCAAUUUGGUGUUUGGGUAUACCUCAAGUUGCAGAGCAGGUAUAUAUAAAAAAAAAAUGCGAUCUUUUUAUUCCUUGUUUUGUCAUUUACGUUACAAACUUAGGGAGCACGAGAGAGCGGAGAGAAGUAGGAAACCAAAGUGUUAAUAAUGUAACGAUUUUUUUAAUCAUAUAUAAACCUUUGUAAAGAAACUGCAGAGGAUUAAAAAAAGCAGAAUUUUUGGGGGUUUUCUGCUGGAAGCAGUUUCAUGGGGUCGUUGGUCGUGAUCGUCGUGAUCAUCGUUCGUCGUGAUCAUCGCUCGUCGUGAUCGUCGUGAUCAUCGUUGGUCGUGAUCGUCGUGAUCAUUGUUCAUCGUGGUCGUGAUGAUUUUCCAGCGAUGCCGCCGGUCGAAGGACUUACCGUGGCGUCCAGCCCGCGUGUAAAUACUGUACAUGUCUUAGCGCUCCUUGGCACAGUGACUGCAUUGGAUAUAAAAAAUAAUGAUAAUAAGCCUUCGUCUUGUGAAUAUGAAUUGUAUUUAUGCACAUUUUUGUCCCGUCGAUAUCGCCGCACGCCGCGCAUCGAUUUCACUCUUUUUGUACGCUUAGUAAGCUGACGAGGUCGCCGUUGUGACCGGCGACCGGCUUGUCACUCUGCACCGACACCGACCGCAAAGCGAGCGAGCGCUCACGCUCUGUUCGCGACCCGAGCGCUCGGCGGACGUCGGAGCUCGAUGCGACGUUCAUCUCCUUGUUUUCUCUUUUUAACGGCUUUGAAAAAAAAACAUUUGGGAAACGCAGAGCGAUUUCAGAUGGGGAGAGGAGGGGUUACAUUUUGUUCGUCACAAGCAACACACACACACAUUUCUUUUUUGGGUGUGUGUGUACGCAAUGAUAACAGGGUUCCGUUAACUCGCCGAGCAGGCGACGAUGGGGUUCAUGGGAAGGCUGCCAAAUAUUCUCGAUUGGCCAGGACAAGUGCUGGCGGUUUCAAGAAAGUUGGCCUUCUGUAAAAGGGUUUUUGGGGAAAAUCGAGAUCUCCGGAUUUUCAAGAUUUGCCCUCCUCAUGCUUGACUAUGACACGGGCAAAGGGGGGUGGGUGGGGUGCCUGAGUAGUGGGCGGAGUAAAAUAUUGGAAGUAACGGAAGAGGCCGUUGGCUGUGCUGGCGGCUGAGUGGGUGGGGCCGUGCAAAAGUGGGCGGGGCCCGACGCAGGGGAGGGGCUACCAGCCGCAUCGCUGUGCGUGCUCGUGUCGUGGUCGAGCCUUCCAGAAGUUUUGGUAGCAUUUUGUUGUUCACUGUCUACACGUGUUUCUUUUUGGGGGGGGGGGGUCGUCUUCAUUUUUGUGUUGAUUUUCGUUUCAUUUUACAGCUACUAUAUUAACAAACAAAAAAAAAGUCGGUUUGUAUGGAGCGGGGUGGAGAGGGCUGAGCGUGGAGAGGAAAGAGGUCUUGAACCGGCAUAGCGGUGUGAGUGUGUGUGAGUGCCACGGCCUGUAUACUGUGUAUACUUGAUAACACCCCAAUGUACAAUGCACAAAUAAAGUUGCUCGACACCCUA